AUGAGGUUCAUUUAUGGCCUCAGUAACUCAAGCCUUCCUCCUGAACAUAAUUUUGGUAAAUACUAUUAUUGUUAUGUUUCAUUUCAAUAUGUUCUCUAAGAAAAAUAUAUAUAAAUAAAAAUUUUUUUUCCAAAUUGGAUGAAUAAAUUUGAAAAAUUGGAUAUAUUUGGAGUUCCUAUUUGUCUAUUAACUAACAGCAAUAAUGAAAAAUAUUAGAGUAAAAUUGGAGCAGUUUCAACACUGAUUUUGAGUAGUGUAAGUUUGAUGUAUUUUCUGUACAUAUUUGUUUUAUGGAACACUAAUUAAAUUGCUCCUACCAUAAGUUCAUAGUAAAAAACUUUAGGCUAUGCAGAAUUUUAACUAUAAGAGCCAAUCAUUGAAUUAUAACUGUAAGAUUUCACAGGAGAUAUUGAUCCUUUUCAAAAAGAAAACAAUAUUAUCACUCCUCUGUUAUUUAAAUUUUUGAAUACAACUAUUUAAGAGGAGCCUACACAUUUAUUUUCAACUUAAGAAAAACCAUAUACAAUUUCAAUAAAUAAUUUAAGUUUAGUUUUAAAUACGCUUGUAGAGUAUGAUGAAAAAUAAUAACAGUAAACUCAAUAUUCAAUUGUUUUUGCCAGAUGCUCAGAGAGUUUGUAAAUUGAUGAUAGUUAUUGCGCGGAUGAGAAUACUAUUGAUGAAUACCUUUCUAAAUUCCAUGGAUUUUUAUUUAUUACAAUAUACUUAAGUAAAUUAAAUUCCGUCACUACAGAGUUAGAAUAAUUCAAAAAGCAAUAUUACACAAGCUUUGAUACUAAUAAGCCUUUAUACUCACAGAUUACAUUGAAAUAACAAGAAACAAUUAUUGACAAUGGGAUAUUAUUUAACAAUUAUAAACAUCAUAAAUUCUUAAAUAAUUAUGAGUUAAUUAGCUAAGAAACAGAUAGAUAAUUUACAAAAAAAGUAAUUAAUUCUAUGUCUAAUUUUUCCUAUACAUUUGAUAGCUAUGGAUCUUAUCUUUUCAGAAUUGAUAAUAUUUCUAUAGUUGAAGAAAUAUCUUAUCCUAAAUUGGGUUAGAUUUUGGCUUAAAUCGGUUCAGUAAUUCAACUUUUGUUUCUGCUUAAACAUAUUGUUAUUUAUUAUAAUAACCUAUUAUUAGAAAACAAAUUGUUAAAUGAUAUUAUUAAAAUGUAUUAUCCUGAGUUUAAAGAUUUUAGAAUCAACUUUUUAAAUAAACUAUAAUUUUCAUUAGAAAAUAAUGUUCAUUUGAAACAACCUAUCGAAAAUAUCUAGUAAAUUCAUUCUACUUUGCAAUAAGGGGCAAGAUAAAAAUGCAGAUUAAUAAACAUUCUUUAUGAAAUCUCUAGAAUAUAAUUUAUACUUCAAGACAAAUUUGGAGAUUAAAUAUUAUCAUAAAGUCAUGAAAUGGGAGCUAAAUUAUCAAAUAAACAAAUUAAUGUAGUAUAUUAGAAAGAAUCUCAUCGAUUAUAUAUCAAGCCAGUGGAUUCUCUGAAUGAUGAGAAUUAAAGCUUAUUUAUAGAACCAUUAGAAAUGCUGAUUAAAUAAUAUUGA